AUGGUUCCUUUUUCUGAGUCUGAAAGUUUUGCUGCUCUUUUUCUUAUGGUGAAAGAAAGGCUCAAGGUCCGGACAGGUAUUAACUCUUCCUUUAUGGUUCUUGUUCCGAAGGUGACGGGGUCGGACAAUAUUAAAGAUUACAAGCCUAUCAGCUUGGUAAAUGGGGUUUUCAAGCUCCUCUUGAAGACUCUUUCACUGAUAUUAGCUCCUCUAUUCAGUCAGGUGGUUUCAGAUUGUCUGUAUGCUUUCCUGAAAGGUUGGAGUACUCUUGAGUAUUCUAUGAUUGCUAAUAAGCUUGUCCAUUUGGCAAUAAGGCGAAAGAAGAAAUUUAUGGUUCUUAAACUUGAUUUCCACAAGGAAUUUGACAUCAUUGACUGGAACUAUUUGCUUUCUAUUUUGCUUUGCAUAAAUUUUCCAGUCAAAUGGAUAGAGGUGAAACAGGAAGCUGUUGGGGUUAACGAGGCUUUCACUAAGGUGAGUGCCAAUUUGCAUGGUUCAACUGCUGUUAGUUAUGGACUUGGUGUUCCAGACUUCACAGUUAGAGAGGGAGAUAGGGCAUUCUCAUAUGCUGGUUUGGUGCCGAUAGAGAGGGAGGGUAAUGGUAUUGCGAGAGCUGGUCACCGAGCAGGGCCUAAGGCUGUUGGGCACACUAAUACCGAGAAUAGGGUGAGGGCUGAGAGAUUUGCAAGAUUUGAAAGUGUAAAACAAUAG